AUAAUCGGCUGGAGUAUAGUUCUCCGCGGCAUUUACAUGGGAAGCCUCAUCCUCGGCGCUUCGCGGCAGGACGCCUUCGGCUACACGUUCGUCGCGGCGGCGCUCAACGCUCUCCGGUUUGCGCUCUCGGGCGACGCUGAAACCGUCGGAGUUGGGAAGAAAGGGCAGGUCUUCUUCGUCGCGUUCCCAUUGCUCGUCGCCCUAGCAUCGUUCGCGACGCUCGAACCGUCGGAAUUGCUCUCCCCGUAG